GCUCGCCGGCCAGGAUGUUCGCUGCCCGCUGCUCGUCUCCUCCUCUCACCGCCGUCCCUGCAUCCCCCCCCAUUCGCCUUCCGCCAUGUCUUUUGUCGACCGUACUCGUCCCGAUACCUUGGUCCUCUUCGACGUCGACGGAACCCUCACUCCCGCUCGUCUGACCAUCUCUGACGAAAUGAGAGACUUGCUCGCUGAUCUGCGCAAGCGAGUUGUCAUCGGCUUUGUCGGCGGCUCCGAUUUGUCCAAGCAGAAGGAGCAGCUCGGAGAGAACGCCGUCGAUCUCUUUGACUUUUCCUUUUCCGAGAACGGCCUCACUGCCUUCCGCCAAGGCGAGAAGCUCCCCUCUGCUAGCUUCAUCCAGUGGAUCGGUGAAGAGGAAUACAAGAAGCUGGCCAACUUUAUCCUGCACUACAUUGCUGAUCUUGAUCUGCCAAUGAAGCGCGGCACGUUCAUCGAGUUCCGCAACGGCAUGAUCAACGUCUCUCCCAUCGGCCGCAACUGCUCUCACCCCGAGCGAAACGAGUUUGAAAAGUUCGACAAGAUCCACAACAUCCGCCCCAAGUUUGUCGAGGCCCUGAGAGCCAACUUCCCCCACCUGGACCUCACCUACUCUAUCGGUGGCCAGAUCUCCUUCGACGUCUUCCCCACUGGCUGGGACAAGACCUACUGCCUGCGACAUGUCAAGGAUGACAACUUCAAGGAGAUUCACUUCUUUGGCGACAAGACCUUCAAGGGCGGAAACGACUACGAGAUCUACACGCACCCCUCGGUUAUCGGCCACAGUGUCGAGAGCCCCGCUGAUACCAUCCGCAUUCUGAAGGAGCUCUUCUUCUAAUAACAUCGCUGUUGACCCUGUGCCGUGGCAUUACCGAGACAGCGCCCAAUACAAUGUGUUCGGCUGGUCAGUCGAUCAGCCGGGUUGCUCGAUCGAUCUGCGUC